GGGGAGAUUAUUGGUGGAAGUGACGUAAAUUUUCAGAAAAAUAUCAUUAGUAGGCUACCAACAAAUCAACAAUCAAAAUGGCUGCACUCUUUGGGCACGGUAACCCUCUUUCUACGCCAGUUGGACAGUUGAUUGAACAAGCAACAGAUGGCUCUCUUGCAACAGAAAACUGGGCUCUUUAUAUGGAAGUGUGUGAUGUAAUCAAUGAAACAGAUGAAGGACCUAAAGAUGCCAUAAGAGCUUUUCGCAAAAAGAUUUCCCAGAAUGUUGGAAAAAACUAUACAUCUGUCAUGUAUUGCCUUACUUGCAUUGAAUCAUGUGUAAAAAACUGUGGCCGACGAUUUCACAUCCAGGUUGCUAAUAAAGAUUUUCUUCAUGAUUUAAUCAAGAUAAUUGGUCCCAAAAAUGAUCCUCCACAAAUAGUACAAGAGAAAGUAUUAAGUAUGAUACAGACCUGGGCAGAUGCCUUCAGAGGUAAUCCAGAAUUGAAAGAAGUAGAAAAAGUUUAUCAAGAACUAAAACAGAAAGGAAUUGAGUUCCCUAUGACAGAUCUUGAUAAUCUCGCUCCUAUACACACUCCUGCUCGGAGUGUUCCUGAGAGAGAGCCAGUACCUGUACAUGAAAGGGGAGGAAGUAGUAGAGGAAAAAAAUAUGCAGAGCUAGUUAAUGAGAUGGAUGAUGAGCCACCAGUACAGCCUUCACCUGGCUUUGCUCCUGUAGCUGCUUAUCCACCACCUACAGGAUAUAACCCUACCGCAGGCUAUCCUCCUGCUGCUUAUCCUCCACCUGCUGGUUAUCCACCAGCAGGUUAUCCAACUGCAGAGUUCCCUGCACGGAGUGGUGGGCCUCUAAGUGCAGAACAGACAACAAAGCUAAGGAGGGAGCUGGAUGUGGUGCAUGGCAAUAUUCGUGUGAUGAGUGAGAUGCUUACAGAGCUGAGUCCAUCUAAUGUUGACCCCUCAGAUUUAGAGUUGCUUCAGGAACUUAACAGGACAUGCCGUCAAAUGCAAUCUCGCAUUGUUGAAUUAUUAAAUGAAAUCGCCACUGAGGAAGUUACAAAUGAUCUCCUACGAGUUAAUGAUGAUUUAAACAAUGUAUUCCUUCGCUAUGAGAGGUUUGAACGGUAUCGUACAGGACAGACAGGCCAGGCAGGAACACCCAUGACUGAGGUCACGACCCAAGAUAAUAUGCUUCCUCCUACUUAUGACCAGCUUCCUGGUGCUGCUAACCCAAAUGUAGGAAAUUUAAUAGACUUGAGUGAUGAUGUAGUCCCGCAGCCUUCUAAUGUCAGCUCACAGUUAGCAGGUUUAAAUAUUGGUAGUCCAGCACCUAACUCCUUACCCCAAACACAACACCCUCCUCAGCCGCCAACAGUUUCAGAUGAUUUUGAUAUGUUUGCUCAAUCCAGACAGUCUUUUGAACAAAAUAGACAAGCCUUACCGGGCACUCUCUAUGAUACUCAACAAACAGAUACCUACGGAGGAAGUUUAAGCCAGGCUGUGAAAGUGAAAGCAACACAAGAUACCGGUACAUUAAAAAUGUCAGAUGAAGAAACACUAAAGUUACAAGAUAAAGAAACAGACUACGAUGAAAUGGAGCAAUGGUUAGCUACACAUGGUGCAGGUGAACAAGGAAGAGCUCAAGCACCAAUAACAAGUUCAGAGUUUGACAGAUUUUUAUCUGAGCGAGCCACAGUCUCAGAAAGUGUACCAAGUAUCUCAGCGCAGACAGGAGCUCAAAAUCCACAGAGAACUACUAGGACACUUCAGAAAAAAGAUGAAGAUGAGAAUCCCUUAUUUGCAUUAUGAAAGUUUAGGGAUGAGCCCUAAUGUAAAUGUAUCACCAGUGAUAAUGAACCAAUGCUUUUUAUUCGGAUGUUGUUUCUUUUUCAAUGAACAAUUCAAGGUGUUAGUUGUUUAAUUUAUGUUUUAUUUUGCUUUUGUAGGCUAAAUAAAACAGUUUUGUGUUUUCAAUGUUGAACUCAUAUAUCCGUAUAAAUCUAUAUGACUGUACAAAAGAAUAUUAUAAUAAAGCAAAGAGUUUAUUACAUUUGUAUAUGUAUCGGAUUACUGGUUGAAACAGAUUCAACAUUAUUUUUCUUUUAACCUUCAGAAAUGUUGUGAUUAUAUUGGUGCAUGAUAAAAACAUAUUGGGUAACAGUACAAAGUCAUUCAACUAAUGUUCAACUAAUAUAUUAAACACAGAAGUUGUUGUUUUUUAAAUAGAAGAUACUUACAAAAAUUUAUUUACAAAAAAAAAAGUACUAACCCAGCAUGAAUGUAAUCCUUUUGAAAAACAUUGUGCAUUUAAAGAAUUGUAAUAUUUGACUAUUUUUGUUUGUAUAUUACUCUUAUGGAUUUACUCUUGUGUAAUGGAAGAUUGUAUUCUGUAAUAGAAACAUUUAUUUAACAUUCCUAUAAAAUUACCUUAGUAACAGCAGAAUGUCACAUUUAGCAUGUGUAAAAAACAUUUUUUAUUCUUGUAAUAACCAAUGAAAGCUACAACCAAGCUAACAACUCUAUGCUACAUAGGCUAGUUACACAUAUCCAGUAUGAAGUGCUGACUCUUUGUUUGAAAGGUGGUUGGCAUUCCUCUGUUGGUCAAUGAGUGUAUUACACCCACUAGCACUGCAUUAGAACUAUUUUAUAACAUUUUGCUUCAACACUGUGCUCAUCUGAGACAAUGAUUCCAAUUACUAUACCCUGUAACCAAUGAUAAAUAUAUUACAAAUUCUUUUCUUUAAAAAGUAGUUCAAGUUGUCUGUUAUGAUGAAAAUGUGUUGAAUUUCAGUUGCUUUUUAGACACAUUUCUUUGGAAGACUAACAUAUGAAGUUCAAACUGUCAGGAUGUACUUGUGAUUCUCACUUUAAUCUUAUUACUUAAGCUGUACAUUAUCUUGAGUUAUGGGGAUGAAUGCAUUUUUUUAAAGAUUACUCCUGAAGUAUGGCUCUCUAUAGUGUUGUAGUAAAGGUAGUAAUGUCACAGUUGUUGGGUACAUGCUUCAUAUUUGUCCAACAGGUACAGGUGUCAGGUAUUACUGUCCUGCAUUAUAGAUUUAGUAGUUACUUUUGUGGCAAUGACAUUUUAUUUUGGACAUGCUUUCUGCAAUUAAAGUAAAAACAACAUGCUAUUGGUUGUUGAUGCUAGAGUAUUAGCUUAUGACUGUAUUGUUCUUAUGUGUAUUUUAUUAUGCUUUUAUUUAAGUGAUGUUAAGAUCUGUAUUGUACUCAAACUUAGUCAAAGUCAAAAUACACUUAUAGCUGCCAACUUCAAAACCAAUUUUUUUUUUUAAUGUUGUAGGAUUUGUUGUGAUAUUUUUCAUUAUUAUUACAAUAAGGGAGGUCUUAUUGAUACUACUUGUGGUCAUAUUUUUUUAAAAUGUUUAACUUACAUUCAGGUGUUAGAAAUCUGCAAGUUGAAUAGUUGUUUUUUUAUUAGUCAUUUUGUUUGUACAAACUUAUAAUAAAUUGAAGCUGGCAAUUCUUCUUACUGUUAACAUUUGUAUCAGAAUCUUUGUUGUCAUGACAAAUGAGACCAAAUGAAAAUGUUUCUUCACUUCAGAAAGAAGUUGAAUAGUGUGUGAUAGCAAACUAGCAGUCAAUAGGGUUUUUUUUAUUGAGUACACUGUAAUUCUACUGUGUUGCAAAUUUGAAUUUAUUUGACACUUUUUUUUUUCCCCAUCGAGAAGCACUUUUUUCCCCAUGAACAUAACUGAGUUUUUACUAUGGCAUUUUUAUUUACACAAGGAAAUCAGAGAACAUGCUACCUGCAUUUUCCUGUGAAUGUUUUAACUUUCGUUGUAAUGUCCACUCAGUUUCCUGUGAAUAUUUAACUUUUGUUGUAAUGUCCACUCAGUUUCCUGUUGAUUUCUCAUCAUGUUGCAGAUAAUUAAAUAAAACAAAAACACAUUUCA